AACAUGGGAAAGCUUGUCAUUCCAUUUCAAACUUGUAAAUUCUCGGAGGAAAAAUCACUUCAAUUAUUACAAAUAAUCCGCAAAUACAGUCCCCAUACGGUGUCUAAUCUUCUUAGUCACUUGUCUAAAUCACCCUCUACAUGGUUCAUUUUUUCCACGACACUGAUCAGUUUGGCUACCCAGAAUUUUCCCCAACAAGAAAAACACCAUAGAUAAUAAUUACCAUAUAAACCCAAACCUUUCUCAUUUCGGUUUCUCACCAAAGCUUUUUCCUUCAAAAAAUCUGGGUUUCCAGUUUUAAAUUCAUGGCAGCCAUUAUCAUCUUCAAACAAGCUCAGUUCUUACAGUUCCUUUGCUUCUUUCUCAUCCUAUUUCCUUCUUUAGUACAAGGAGAUAGCAACUGUACGUGCGAACCUGAAACUAAUGAUUCAAAUAAAAACUCUUUAGCGACGAGAUACAAAAUCGUCGCUAUUUUUUCGAUUCUCGUCGCCGGAGCCAUUGGCGUUUGCGUUCCCCUUUUGGGGAAAACCAUCGAUGCUUUACGUCCCGAAAAAGACGUUUUCUUCGUAAUCAAAGCGUUCGCCGCCGGUGUGAUAUUGUCUACCGGAUUCAUCCAUGUUCUUCCCGACGCUACCGACAAAUUGACGUGUCAUUGCCUCGACGAACAUCCUUGGGGAAAGUUCCCCUUCGCCGGAUUAGUGGCGAUGGCGUCGGCGAUUGCUACAUUGGUGGUUGAUGUUUACGCUACUUCUCAUUACACUAAGUCUCACUUUAAGAACCAACCACGGCAGGUUGACGCCGGCAGCGGCGACGAUGAAAAGAAAACCGAGGAACGUGAUGAUGAUCAAAGCUACGUACAUGUUCAUAAUCAUGGAACGAGUCAUGGUUCGGUCUCUAUGGUCGAGCCAUCGGCUUCGUCUGAGCUUGUUCGACGUCGAGUUAUAUCUCAGGUUUUGGAGUUAGGGAUAGUGGUGCAUUCCGUGAUAAUAGGGAUAUCAUUGGGAGCUUCUAAAAGUCCAAAGACUAUAAAGCCAUUGGUGACUGCAUUUAGCUUUCAUCAGUUCUUUGAAGGCAUGGGACUUGGUGGAUGCAUUUCUCAGGCACAAUUCAAGCUCGGUAGUGUUGCAAUAAUGGCACUCUUUUUCUCCCUCACAACCCCAUUUGGAAUCGGCAUAGGAAUCAUCAUAUCGAAAGGGUACGACGAUAGCAACCCGGAAGCUCUCAUUGUCGAAGGAGUUUUCAACGCGGCGUCGGCCGGGAUUUUAAUAUACACGGCGCUCGUUGAUCUGCUCGCCGCUGAUUUUAUGAGCCCGAAGUUACAAAGCAACUCCAUACUUCAAGCAGGAGCCAUUGUUUCUCUUCUACUUGGGGCUGCUUUCAUGUCUGUCAUGGCUUAUUGGGCUUAAAAGCUUGAGGGAUCAUGAGCCAAAUUUGCCCAUCAAUUUCCAAAUAAAAUAUAGCCCUAUUUUGAAAAUAGUUAAUACCAUGUAUUUAUAUUGCACUAUUAUAUUUUAUUAUAUUAUAAUAAUGUUUAAAGUAUUUUAUAUUUAAAUAUAAAUUUGAGAUAUUAAUAAUACAUAUUAUAAAAUUUUAUAUAUU